GUGACCUCAGUCGGACCGUCUGGGCCGGUGAUGACCCGUGCCGGUGGCCAUGCCGUCUCUGGCCGUGGGGACCCGUCUCCGUGACCUCAGUCGGACCGUCUGGGCCGGUGGUGACCCGUGCCGGUGGCCAUGCCGUCUCUGGCCGUGGGGACCCGUCUCCGUGACCUCAGUCGGACCGUCUGGGCCGGUGAUGACCCCGUCGCGGCGGUCUGGCGUCUCUCGGGUGGUCGUUGCACGGCCGGGCCGCUCCCGCUGCCCCGAGGCCGGGCGGUUCAGUGGCGAUAAUUCCCCGACCGAAUGAGGCGUGCCCAAAUUGAUGGCGGCUCGGCACCGGCAUUGUCGGCGAAUAACGGGGCGUCCCGUCUCCCCGCGCCGCCUCCGGCGGCCGCUCCGGGUCGGGCUAGGUCGUUCGCUCGGGCGGAUACCAAAGCGGGGUCGCGCUGGAGAUAGCCCAGUCCGCCGCGGAGCCGUCAGGAAUAGCUGCUCCGGCGACGGCGGGGCGCAGGGCCCGCGCUUGCUCUGUAUUCGCCGUGUAAUUAGUGUGUUUCGUCUGUGUGCCGUCUGUGCGGGCGUGUGCGCGAUGUCCGGCUUGCAGCGGCGUCCGACUGGAAGGCGGCGACUGCGGCGCACCGCUUGACGAGGAAGUGUGCGAUGUGGAACUGAGUGGACUGACGUCACUGAUGAUGACGUCACUGACGUCGCUGAACUGAUGGUGGAUGUGGAACUGACGGGGCGCCAUGGACGCGCUGUGGCGCGGCGAAGCGGGUGGACUGCUACCGGUGCUAGACACCGAGGACUUCACACCGUGAAGUGUGCUGCCGGGCGGUGUGUGUUGAAUCGUGGGAGGCACUCGGCGCGCAAGAGAAAUCACAUCACAUCGUGGCAACGUACAAGAACCUUGAAGGGGAGCAACAUGCCGUCUGCGUGACCCGACGCGGACUGCCGGAGAAGAACAUCGGAAGACAGCUAAACCAGAUAAACGCCAGUCAUGGGGUGCAUGGGUAGCAAGCAGAAACUGUCCAAGGAGGACCUCGAGUUUCUCAAAGCCCACACCCGUUACGACGAGGCCACCAUCAAGGAGUGGUACAAAGGAUUCCGG